CCUUUUCUGUUUGCUCCAUCCAAAUACAGAAAUAUCAUUUUCCGAGACAAUCCCAUCUUCCAUUUCCAUCUUCAAUAUUUCUUCUCAUCGAGAAGCUUCGCGAACGAAAACAAAGAACCCUAGACAGAUCCAUUCCAUAGCCAUGUCAGGUGUUGGCCCUCUAUCUCAGGAUUGGGAACCCGUCGUCCUCCGCAAGAAGGCUCCCACCGCCGCCGCCAAGAAGGACGAGAAAGCCGUCAACGCCGCCCGGCGCUCCGGCGCGGAAAUUGAAACCCUAAAAAAGUAUAAUGCUGGGACAAAUAAAGCAGCAUCUAGCAGCACUUCAUUGAACACUAAGAGGCUGGAUGAUGAUACUGAGAAUCUAGCUCAUGAGAAGGUACCAACUGAACUUAAGAAGGCUAUAAUGCAAGCUAGGAUGGACAAGAAACUCACUCAGGCUCAGCUUGCUCAACUGAUCAAUGAGAAGCCUCAAGUGAUCCAGGAGUACGAGUCAGGGAAGGCCAUUCCAAACCAGCAGAUAAUUGGGAAGUUGGAAAGGGCUCUUGGAGCAAAAUUGCGUGGCAAGAAAUAAAUUAAACUAAUGCUAUGGUUUUGCAUGUAGCUUGGUUUACAUAUCACUAACUCACUAUGGGAGUGUUAUGUGUUUGCUCGCUAAUUGUGUAAUAUGUAAGACAAUUAAAUGGUUGUGAGGACCUGUGGCUUUCACCUGUCACCUGUUCGACUAAAUAAAGUUGCAAUUAGUAUAAAUCCUACGUUUGCCUGCGAU